AUGAAUGAACAAGCAAACUGGCGGAAAUUACAGCCUGUGCAAGGACCAGUACAGCCCAUCUUCACCCAACAGAGAACAGAGCAGUGGCAGGCUCUCAGGGAUGAGGCAGAUGUCACAGGGAGUGCUAUCCAUCGGGCAAUUGGGAUGGACACUUUGAAAGCUGCUGCUGCUUACCAUGACCAUAAGAAGAAAGGAAUGGAGCUACCACCUCUGAGACCUGGCGUCAAAAGUCUCCUAGAAAUUGGAACCAGAGAAGAACCAAACAUCCUUGCCACAACUGUAGCAAAAGUACUGCCAUCAUACUUACCAGACUUAGAAUUGAGGGAGGUAGGAUGUGUAAAGUUCAGAACAGAGGGAGGUUCGACCAUUGUAGACUCUCCAGAUGGACUUCUGUACCAACUUCACAGUGAUGUGCAUUCCCCAGCCACCAUGGCAGUUGAAUUCAAGUUUGUCACCAACGAGUACCUCCCUGCCCAUCCGCGACUGUACAACAUCUUACAGUGCUUCUGCCACUGUGCAGCUGCCCAGGUCAAUAAGUGCUUGUUGAUUUACCAGAACAAAGAAGCUUGCAGAGCUUUCAUUCUCGACUUUGAUGCAUCAUGCUGGAACCUAGCCACUUCCCUGAUUGACCGGUACCUUGGCCCAGAUGGUACUAGACCAAAAAAGAAAGGAGAAGAGACAGGCAAGCUGCAGACUAUGCUGCGGGCAAUCUCGUCACAAUGUGAAGUACUAUGUGAGUUUCUGCCUACAUUGUACACCACACACGGUGAAUAUAUCAGGCAAGAGGAUAGUCCUUUCUAUUUGCAGGGCCAGGUGCACCCCAAGGCUUGGACAGACCAGGAUCUUCAGCUAGGCGUGAAAGCUUUACAGAAAGCACAGAAGGCACUCAAGAAAUGCCAUCAGCUUACUCAACAGUAUGCCAGAGAAGAGCUACAGUUCUUGCUCACCUCCUUGCACAGGACAGUUGGACCAGAACGAGUGCUGUUUGAGCCAGCAGCAUACUUCCUGGAGGCCUGUGCAACGCUGCCUGCUUCUCAGAUGAGAAUACUUGCUAAUGCUGUCCUAGAUGCUGUUCAUGAUGCAGGAAUACACUGCCCAGUAGCUUCUGCAGAUGGUGCAUAUGAGUACUUCGUAUCCAAUGGCUUUGAUGGGAAACCAUGCACGCACCUUGCAUUUGUAAGACAUCUGUGGUUCAAUGCUUUAAAGAGCCUGUCUAAGCGGGAUGCCAUUGUUGUGGUUAGUAACAUGAUUGCUGAUGCAUGGUGGCCAUGGGAGGCAACUUACAACGUGGAUGUAGCUGUGCAAACACCUGAGCCUUCCCUACGUGUGGUCAUUAGGAGCAGUGUGAGACGACAGUUUCCAGAAGCACCCAGCUGUCAACCUCUUACUACCAGAGACUUUGGUCUGCAGUUUCCUGGUGAAUGUGAGGAGGGUACUCCAAGUCUUGUGCAGCAUCUUAUUGCCUAUCCUGCUGCAUCACCCAAGACGUGUCAUCAGUUCUUCUUCAAGACAGAUGGUACCCCAGCCUCAGAUGGCAAAGAAACUGGAGCUGACAAUGUGUUGCAAGACCUGGUGACAAACUUGGACUUAGAUGAGUCUGCACAAGAGGACUUUCAGGACUUUUGUGAGAAUAACCCUUCCUUUGUUACAAGUAACAUACAGGGUGAGACAGAGGAAGGAAAUGUGACUGCUAUCAGUAGCAUAAGAAACCUGCUGUCAGAGGAUGUUGAUCAGACACCACCAACAUCAAGACCAGUAACACCUGUACAUUUUGACCAGCCUUCAGACACAAGACAUUCACAGAGAACAUUAACAGACAAUCAGUAUGAUGGCAUAUGUCAAGCUUUGAAAACAGACAAGAAGACAGCAAAGAAAUGGAACGACAGAACCACAGAGCAGCUAAAAGAUCUAUUGUCACAUCAAGGACAGGUUUCAAACUUGACAGUAGAUGAGUUAAAAGUCAUCUUAAGACAACUGAAGGAAACAUUUGCAAAUGUUCGCCUUGGAAGAACAAAGACUGGUCUCUGUGAACAGCUGUCACAAAUAGUAGGAGGACAACAGUUGCCAGUACCGCCAUCAAUGCUUCGGAACCCUAAAACACUUAGGGAGCUUUCCAUCAAAGCAUUAAGCUCAAAAAGCAACAAAAAGGAGGCCAUUGUAAGUUCCAUUUUGAAUACAAGUGGUGUGGGGGACAAAGCAUUACAGGACUUAAAAAAAGAGAGAAGAACAGUGGAUGAUCCACUCUAUGCCCCAGAAGUACAAGAUGGCCCAAUCAACAUCUACUACCACCCACCCCUAACAUCAAGGGGUUAUCUACAAGCUAUGAGUAUUGACCAUCACCACCAGAGACAGAUAAUAAGAACAUGUGUCCUGAAAGGAAAGUUUCCUGAUAUCUGCCCAAAUGCAUGGAAACAAGUGGCUAAGGAAGGCUGUACACGCCUCACGUCUGUAAUGGUUGAGGUCAACUUGGAUCAGCAAUCAGCAUCAAUCACGGACAUAUUCUUUUCUCCAGAGGUGGCUACCAGUAUGGAAAGGCUGGGAUUUAAGAGGGAAGCUGAGUUCACUAACAGAAUGAUCCAGUGGCAUGAUGCCUGGAGCCAACCAGGCAUCCACUAUAUUGACAGAGUAAAGAUGGACAGACAGUUUACCCAGUUUGAGAUUUCCCAGAAGAUGCCUUUGGCAUUAUGGCCACCCAGGCAGUAUUACUCUGGUCUGUUCUGGCGCACAGCUGACAGUAUUCUGGCAAACUCUGACGUCUUACUGUUGGUGAGAGUUUUGAAUUUGUCUUCAAACCUAUAA